AUGCAGCUCGUCGAUUGUGCCCUCUGGCUUAUGUGGGCUACCUAUUUGUCGCCAGUGCGUGCUUCUGCAGUAUUUCAAGGAUUAGUACAAGACUGUACUGGAUAUCAAAAGGAACGUUCCAAUGUCUACGUGGCUCCUCUCUGCAGUGGCAAGGGCAAAAAGUGCGCCAUCAAGGUAAACCUCGCAAAUGAUUGCGGCAUGGGAGGAGUCUCGUGCUAUGAAGCGGGAAGCAUAUCUUUACCGAAUGGCGGUUCUGUUCAGUGCCAGUCCAGAAACAGGGUCGUCUGCCAAUAUGCAGAUGAUGUACAUACUAUUGCAUGCGCAGAGCGUCUGUAUUACAAUCUAGAGCUCACUGAAUCUGCUCUUACUCUGCAGGUUGCCACUCAUAGAUCGCACUCAGCAUAA